UGCGAUUGGUCCAUUCAGUAUCCUUUUGAAGCGGCACGGUGAAACCCAUCGGCGGCUCCGUGCAUGGCCAGCCACAGCAACCUCCUUGGCGGCGCGAUUGCCUUUGGCGUCGCUGUCGUCUCCAACUAUGGCGUCAACCUCCAGAAACAGCUCCAUCGUACGCUGGCGCAGGACGGCGACUGGGACAUCUCGUACACGCAUCACUGCGUCUGGUGGUGGGGCAUGCUCCUCGUGACCCUCGGCUCGGUCGGCGACCUCGUCGCCUUUAGCUUUGCUCGCGCUGCGGUCGUUGCUGCUGUGGGCGGCGUCACGACCAUCAUCGCCAAUGUGGUUUUUGCGCAAUGCGUCAACCACGAGCCCUUGCACAAGACCGACCUGCUUGGUAUCGCGUCCUUGAUUGGGGCCGUCAUCCUUCUUGCCGUGGCCUCCCGCGACGAAGCCAGUUAUGACGUGACGGCGCUCUCAGGUCUGUUUGAAUCGCGCGUGUACUUGACGUACGUCGGUCUCCAGGCGCUCUUGCUUGUUACCCUAAGCGCACGUCUCUACCACACCAAGCGCGAGAGUGUCAAGUCGCUUUGCUUUGCCGCCAUCUCGGGCACGAUCGGUGCCAUGUCCGUCUUGCUCGGGAAAUGCACCGUCGAGAUGCUGUCGCAAACCGUUCAAGGACGGUACUUUGCGCUUUCCCACGGUCUCUUUUACGGUGUCGCUGUCUCGUUGAUUGUGUGCGUCGCGAGCCAAACCCACAGUUUGAACCGCGCGUUUUCCAACGGGGACAUUAUGGCCGCGCUCCCCAUCUUUCAAAUGUUCUGGAUUGGCUUGGCGGUAGUUGGCGAUAUUGUCUUCUACCACUCGUACACGUCCUUUACGACCAACGACUGGCUUCUGUACCUCGUGAUUCUCGGCCUCAUGGUCGUCGGCUGCACCUGCGUCGCGUCGUCGCGCCUUCUCCGCGCCAAUGACGACGGCUACGUGGCUGUCAGCGAUGCCGACGUCGAAAAGACGAUGCAACACGACGACGUUUAUGCAUAAGACUACAAUGUAAUGUAAAACACUGUAUAUUCAUCGCCGC